GACAUGAAAAUCUUUAUUUCGCCUUACACCCCCAUAAAGCGGUAGUAUCGUCCACUCCCCGGAAGCGCCGGCGACAGUCGAAAUCCCGGCGAAGCAAGAGAACUGACUUGUCAGGCAGCUACAAACUGUAGAAAAAGCUCUUAGAUUUGAAUGGACAAGGCAGCCAGAAGUACACAGCCCAGCUAGUGAAGCCCAUGAAAGGUUCAGUGAUGCCUGUGAAGAAGAAGAGGAAGCUCCCUGAUGCUGAUGAUAAUGAACACAAGUGUAAAAUCACAAGUUUCACUCGACCUCAGAUCCGUGGUGCCCGGCCCAUCUCUGAGAAGCUCUUCUCCAACAAGAAGUGCCUGGCCUGGUUCCACGAGUACGCCGGCCCCGACAAGGUGGUCGGCCCGGAGGCCAUGGAGAAGUUUUGUGAAGACAUUGGAGUGGAACCGGAGAAUAUUAUCAUGUUAGUUUUAGCCUGGCAUCUCGAAGCAGCAAACAUGGGCUUCUUCACAAAGGACGAGUGGCUCAGGGGAAUGACAGUACUACAGUGUGACUGCACAGAGAGGUUACAGAGCAAACUGGAUUACCUGCGCAAUCAGGUCAACGACUCUGCGGUCUUCAAAAACAUCUACAGAUACGCCUUUGACUUCGCCAGAGAUAAGGACCAGAGGACUUUGGACAUGGACACAGCUAAGUCCAUGCUGGCCUUGCUGCUGGGGAGAACUUGGCCUCUUUUCCCAGUCUUCCACCAGUUCCUGGAGCAGUCCAAAUACAAGGGCAUGAAUAAGGACCAGUGGUAUAACGUUCUGGAGUUCAGCAGAACCAUCAACACAGACCUCAGUAACUACGACGAAGACGGAGCUUGGCCGGUGCUGCUAGACGAGUUUGUGGAAUGGCUAAAAACUUGGUCGGCAUCGUAGCAGACAGCAUCACAACACCAGAAAGGAGAAAGAGGGAGAGAAAACAAAAACCACAAACACAGGAGGGAUCUCUGUCGUCUCCGAGGAAGACGAAACUCAAAGCCAAGUCAACAUUUUGAUGGACUCCAACAGCUAACACACACGCUCACAGGCUCCUGAAUCGUCCCUGUGGACAUCACCCGCGUCCCCCCAGAGAUCGUCCCAGCUGUGCUCAACACACCGACUUUUUAUAGCCUUAAUUUGGAGAAAAGAAAAAGUUUUCAGAAAAAAUGAACUGAGUGCUGUGGAAUUUCUGUUUUCUUGAUAAUUAUUUUUUUCCCAUUUUGUGUCUUGUUUGUAGAUGUUUUCACAUUAAUAAAGAGGAAAUGGAAGUGUG